GUCGCUCAUACGAAUCAACCAAAAAUGUUUCGAAAAGUUGUAUUUUUGAUCGUCAUUGGAUGCGCCAUUGUUUUGGCAAGUCCGAGUCCUAAAUUAGAUAGCGAUGAAAAGGUUGAACAUGCAGAAAAGCCAUCGCUGGGCCAAAGACUUUCGGGUUGGUGGCAGGAUUUCAAAGCCAGAACUAAAAAUUUGGGCGAAAAAGUGAAGAACAAGGUUGUCAAAAUUUACGAGAGAGUAUCCGGUAAAGAGGCCCAAAAAUCCCGAGAGCAAGUUAAAAAGCUCGAGGACGAUUUGAACAGAGUCGACCAACAAUACAAAGCUAUACUCGCGGAACAGGCCGCGAAAGUCGAAGCUUUGAGGGCCAAGCUCGAAGACGAUAACCAAAAGCUCGUCGCGGAAGUGAGACGACAACACGAGCGAGAGUUGGCUCAGAAGGAGAGAGAACUCGAGAAGACGCGCGACGAGAUACGUACAAAAGUCAACAGAAUCAUCGGAGAGUAUCAAGGCAUUUAUACCGCAGCUGAUAAAAUCGUACGCCAGAAAUAUCAACGACACUCGAGCAGAGUUUAAUUUACAGUGUGUAAUGCAUCGUUCAUGUACUUUAUUUGUA